AACCCACUCCCCCCAUUCCCCCCACUCCCCGCACCCCACGGCCCCAAUCCCCCCAACCCCUCGACGCGGAUGGCGCCGCCGGUGCCGAAGAAGAAGCGCAAGGUGAGCCUCCCGGAGAACGAGGAGGUCGCGACCAGGAUCUUCGAGAAGCACCGCUCCAUGGCGGCGCAGCAGCCGGGCGGCCUCCCGGAGCACCAGGCCCGCGCGAUCGCCGCCGCCUACAGCGGCGUCUGCGCCGCCAAGGAGCCUAUCCGGACCCCCGGCGACCUGGCCCGUCUCAAGGGAGUUGGAGGUUGGGUUGUUGAUGUUAUGGAAGACUCCUUUCCAGGGUCCAGCCUUCAUUUGUCUCCUCCGAGAAGUAAUACACCAGGAGAAACGGGGAAGAAGAACACACGAAACAAACCUUAUGUGCCACGGUUGAAAUCAGCUGCUUAUGCAAUAAUGAUCACACUCUACAGGGAAAUGGAAAGAGGGAAGGAAUUUAUGAUGAGGCAAGAGCUUAUUGAUGCUGCUGAAGCCAGUGGUCUGUCACAACAUGCAAUAGGCCCAAACAACAGUAGGAAUUCUCGGAAUGAUGGUUACAGUUUCACUGGAUGGAAUAGCAUGAAGACGUUAACAAAUAAGUAUCUGGUUGAGAAAAAGAGUAAUCCUGCAAAGUAUUACCUAACAGAAAAAGGCAAAGAGACAGCUCGCGAUUGUCUCGCACGAUCUGGAUUGGACGGUCCUGCAGGACCUUUAACGGCGGUCGGUCAUCCUGCAGUUGUGCUCAGCGAUUCAGAUUCUGACGAAUAUGGCGGCAGCAGUCCCCUGAUAGGUUCUGAAAGAAGUGGACUUCCAAACUCAAAAGCAGGCAGUUCCAGUUCCUUUGGAAUGUUUGGACAGCAAUCGUUUAGUGCAAUGGGUUCUGCUGAAAAGUCUUUACUAGCUAUGCCACCUCAUCAAUCUAAUGAAAGUUUUCUGAAAGCUUAUGAAGUGGUGCUGAUAUUGGAUGAUCGAGAUACUUUCGGGCCCCGUUCCAGAAGAAAAGUUGUUGAUAAUAUACGCUCGCAGUUUAAUAUUCCUGUAGAGAUUAAACUCUUGCCUGUUGGAGAUGCUCUUUGGAUUGCUCGCCAUAAAGAACUUGACACGGAUUAUGUUCUUGAUUUCAUUGUUGAAAGGAAAAAUGUGGAUAAUUUACUUGGCUCAAUUAAAGACAACAGAUACAAAGAUCAAAAACUAAGACUGAAGAAAUGUGGGCUAAGGAAGCUAAUAUAUCUAGUUGAAGGGGAUGUAAACACUGUAGAUGGAUCAGAGAGCGUUAAAACAGCCUGCUUCACUACUGAGGUUCUUGAAGGAUUUGAUGUCCAAAGAACCACUGGGUAUGCUGACACUGAAAAGAAAUACGGCCACCUCACGGGCUCUAUAAUUGAUUACUACAGCAGAAACUUCUCUGCUGGUGCUGAUACCUCUCGACUUUGCCUGACCUACGAUGAGUUUGUGAAGAGGUGUUCUGACCUUGAGAAGGUCACUAUGAGCGAUAUAUUCGCCCUUCAGCUUAUGCAGGUGCCACAAGUGACAGAAGAAGCUGCUCUUGCUGUCACGAGUCUCUACCCCACUCUUCUCUCGCUUGCUAAGGCGUACACCAUGCUUGAUGGCGAUAAGCGUGCCCAGGAGAAGAUGCUGAAGAACAAGAGCGACAUGGUCAACGCGGGGGCUAGCAAGAACAUCUUCAAGCUCAUCUGGGCGGAAGGAUGAACACCCCGUAGUUAGCCGGUCUUUUGGUCACGUCGCAGUGAUUUCAGGCCACCAAUGCAAGUUCCCAAGGCGAAAACAGGCGGGGACCAUACUACUCGUACGUCGUAGAAUUGCAUGCCGCACAUUAUGGAGUCGUCGUGUUAAUGCAGUACAUUAGCGCUUCGUGUGUGUGUAUAUAUGUAUAUACUAUUAGCUCUUGACUCAGUUGCUUUGAUCCAUGUUUAAGAACGACAUGUUGAGCAGAUUCUGUUCUGUGAAGAUUGUGGUGUUGAGGAGACGAUUGAACAUGCACUUUUCUCUUGCA